AUGGGAGAAAUAAAGAAAGUUAUUGAAAAGUAUAUUAAUGAUGGACUGCCGAAGUUGUUUGUUUUUGAUUUAGAUUAUACGCUUUGGCCUUUCUGGGUUGAUACACAUGUGCAACCACCGUUUGUUAAGGACAAACAUGGACGUGUUUCAGACGCCUACAGAAAAGAGAUAAGACUGUAUCCUGGAGUACGUGAAAUUUUGGACAAUUUGAAGCAUUUUAAGUGUCAAAUUGCUGCUGCCUCAAGAACUGAUACACCAAAAGCGGCAAGGGAUUUAAUGAGUGUAAUUGGAAUUGAUCACCAUUUUGAUUUCAAGGAAAUUUAUCCCGGAAAGAAGACACAACAUUUUCAGAAGUUCCGAGAAAAUAGUGGGUUUGAUUACCACGAGAUGGUGUUCUUUGACGACGAACACAGAAAUAUUGUUGACAUCAGUAAACUUGGCGUCACGUGUGUUUUAGUAGAAGAGGGGUUAAGUGCAAAGUAUUUGGAAGAAGCACUGCUUUCUUUUAAAAAAAACUUCAUGAAAACCAAGUAG